AUGAAACUCUUUUGUUUGACCUCCGCCAUCGUCCUGGCAUUCUCUGUUGGAUCCACCUCCGCUCAGCCUGACCUGUGUCAGCACAACGGUGGUGUUGCAUUUUCAUGUUGCACCAAUCCCCCGUUCUGCGAUUCACAGUACUGCACUCCUCAGUGCGUCGACACCACCCAAGUUUCUACCUGCCAAGAAGUGUCGCAAGAGUUUAGACCCUGCGACACUGAGUUUAUCGAGUGUUGCUCCAGCUUCCCUAGCUGUGGCCCAAGUGCAUUUGACCCCAUCCACAACUCCUGCGAGCAAAUUGAAGUUGUCAGAGACACAACGAACCCUGUGACAUGUGCCGUUCUUUCCGCGACUGGCCUCGGAAAUACCUACGUUCCUUGCUCCCGUAACAAUCCCAGUACCGUGAGCUGUUGCGGAGGUCCAAAUGAACCAUCGGGUUCUUGUGAAAGUUGUGAAUCCCUUUACACCACACCCGCAGGCCAAUGCAGUGACUUUGGAAGAGUGGAUUGCAGCGCCGGUAUUACAAUCAAGUGCGAUGUGAAUGUCGAUGUGAAUGGCCAGCAGCCGAGUUUUGCGUGCAUCGAUGUCAAGGUUACCGAUGCCAGCAUUACUUGCGCAGAUAUGGGCCAUGUGGAUUGCCCGAACACAACCCCCUCGCCCUACUUAUGUUGCCCCGACGAUCAAUGGCCACUCUGCGACCAAUGCCAAACCUUCAAUAUUCCUCAAGCUUACAUUGAUGAUCCAAACCGCGAUCACCCACAAGAUUCAGCCUACUUGCUAACACCUUGUGACCACGCCACGCCAGCUCAAUAUGAAUGUGGUGCAAGCCAAACACCUUGUUGCACAAAUCCCCCGGACUGCACGUCUUGCGAUAGUGGCAUCACCUACAACUUGGCCCCCGGACAAAGAGGCAACCCCCCAGCACAAUGCUCGGAUUUAUACCAAGGAACAUACGUUGAGUGCGACAGUAGUGUCACCACGCUCGUCUCAUGUUGCGAUGGCCAUGAUAUCUAUUGCGAGACUACAUCGAACUACAGGGUCACCCAAGCUGGUGUUUGUGAAGAUAUAUUGCCAGCCCCUGGAUUGGCUCCCAGCGCCAGCCAAACGACCAUCCAAUGUUGUGAACCCACACCCGCGAAUCCAUUCGACUGUACUACACAGGCCAACUACAAAGUUGUUAUGGGAACGACAUGUUCUGACAUUGGAAAAACUGUCGCCGCAGGGGCUUUUGACAUCACAUGUUGUGAUCCACCUUUGUCAGAGCCAACAAGAUGCGAUGCCACGUUAACUCAGACAGUGACUGCGGGAACCACAUGUGGCGACCUUGGUCGGUACGACGCGAUUAAUCUUGAAGUCGUCUCGUGUUGUACUAUGGCCCUAGUUCAACACGCGGCAACUGGCCAAAUGAUUUGUCCCGGUGAAUCGUUGGAGAAUUGCGUGGACUACACGUAUGCCAACGGAGUUCGUCCUCCUACAGGCUGUGCCGUUCAUGGACAACCCGACUGUGCAGUUUUGUCACUUACUGGAGGGAAUCCCCCUUCGCCAGGUGGUCCAUCACCCACAGACCCAGCACCUACUCCAGUUGGCCCAUCGCCCACAGCACCCGCUCCUACCCAGGGUGAGCAGCCAAGCACGGGCUUUACUGGAGGCGACCCACACUUUAGCACAUGGAAUGCUACCGACUAUGAUUAUCAUGCUGAAUGUGACCUUGUUUUGGUCCAGGCGCCUGGCUUUGGACAAGGUGGGGGCUUGGAAGCGCAUGUGAGGACUCGUAUCAGGUACUGGUACAGCUACAUUGAGAGUGCUGCAAUCAAAAUUGGAGACAGUGUCUUGGAAGUUGGCAGCUUUGGCACCUAUUUUGUAAAUGGGGUUGAGAGUGGAGAACUUCAUCAUUCUAUGGCACACACAGUUCUCAGUGACCAUGAACAUGUCUUUGCCAUGGAAGUACACGGUCAGCACAUCAAAGUCAGGGCUUUCAAGGACAUGGUUUCUGUCAAGUUUGUCAAUGUCACUAGUGAACAUUUUGGUUCCAGCAGAGGCCUUCUUGGUCAGUUUGGAACUGGUCUCAUGUUGGCCAGAGAUGGCAAGACUGUCAUCAGUGAUGCCAACUUAUUUGGUCAAGAGUGGCAGGUUUUGGAGAGUGAACCACAUCUCUUCCAAACCAACAGGGCCCCACAACAUCCAGGUGAAACUUGCAAGCUUCCAACCCCCCCUUCUUCGUCUCUUAGAAAGAGGAGAUUGGCAGAGUCCGUCUCCAGAAGUGAAGCGGAAGCAGCCUGUGCGCACUGGGGAGCCGACAAGUUCAUGUGCGUAAACGAUAUUUUGGCGACCCAAGACCUUCAAUUGGCUGAGGCUGGUGGCUACUGA